AUGACAGACAGCCAUCAAGCAUCCUCAUCGGCUUUGUCUCCCACGGCGGGACCUUCUAAUCCCGCCCCAGCGCGGAGAGUACAGCUGGUAGGAGCCCCACCUCCUGGCCCUCCCAUUCCAAAGGACGACACUCACAGCGAUGACGAUGCUGAUCGGCCCGAGGAGGAAGAUGACGUAGACUCGGAUGACGAGGUAGCUGAGAAUGGAGUCAAUGGUGGUACUGGUGCAGACAAGGAGACGGAGGAGGAGUUGGUAGACUUGCUCGCCAACUUUGCAGUCGGGGAGGAGUCACUCGAGCUCACACAUCUGUCUCUCAAGACGAAGGAUCUGCGGCAUCUAAAUCUCCCGCGGUUCUCCUCACACCUACAAUCGAUCUGCCUACGCCAAAAUCUCAUCUCCAAGCUCUCCCCACAAGACAUCGGCUCUCUAUCCAAGCUGACCGAGUUAGACCUCUACGACAAUGCCCUCGAGAAGACCUACGGCGAGGUUCUCACGAAUGGCUGUCCAGACCUACACACACUCGACUACUCCUUCAACUCCAUCCGACACAUCUCCCAUCUCGCACAGCUGAGCAAACUCAAGACGCUCUACUUUGUCCAGAACAAGAUUAGCAAAGUCAGAGACACAGACUUUGAAGGGCCCAUUGCUGAAACUCUCACAAGUCUGGAGCUUGGAGGGAAUAAGCUCAGGAAGAUUGAAGGGCUGGAGAGAUUGACGAGAUUGGAGGAGUUGUGGUUGGGCAAGAACAAGAUCGAGAGGCUAGAGAACCUCGAUCCAUUCAGCUCCCUGCGCAUCCUCUCAAUCCAGUCCAACCGCAUCACAAAGCUGGAGAAUCUCGACCACCUCACAAGUCUUGAGGAGCUCUACGUCUCUCAUAAUGGUUUGAAAGUCAUCGAGGGUCUGUCGGAGCUCAAGAAACUCCGGGUGUUGGAUGUGGGAGGAAACAAGAUCGAGGCGAUUGGAGGACUGGAGGGCUUGACUGAACUCGAGGAGUUCUGGGUGAGUGGGCCGGGAAGGAGAGAGGGAAGCUCGCCCUCUUCCCAACCUCGGCAUUUACUGACAACCGUGCAUCAUCAACCGUCAUUGACUGUCCAGGCAAACGACAAUCUCAUCUCCACCUUUCAAAACCUCGAAGAGCAACUGGGACCCAAGAGCUGUCCAAAGCUAGAGACGAUUUACCUCGAGGGCAAUCCAGUGCAGAGAAAGGAAGGGAGCGGGUACAGGAGAAAGAUCAUGCUGACGCUGACACAGGUGGCGCAGAUUGAUGCGACGUGA